UGCCGUGAAACCACAGACGCUGACAGAGAUGGACAACCCAACAGGACCACUGAAUUGGACAACCGAAUGACCUAUUUGAAGGACUGCCCCUGCAGCCAAUGGCCGUGGGACCUGACAAAUUAGACAUCGAAUAUGGGUUCAGGGGGAGGAGUUAUUGCAAUCCUCAUGACGAGUGGUCACUGUGAGAGCUAGAGAUGUCUAAAGAAAACGGGAAGGGAAAUGAUAUUUUUCCUUGAUCUUUAACUAACUUGCUAGCUAUUUCAAGUGGUAUUUAGAUAGCUAUUCCGGUUUCAUGUUAUUGUUUUUAUGGGUAUGAAAACGUCCAGACAAAGAGAAACAGAACGUGAAGCUCCGUUUUGCUUAAUCACCCUUCUGUUACCAAAAGCAGAUAAUAUGGAAGAAGGGGCACAUUGAGGGAGCUCACACAAGCAAGACCUGCAUUCUCCAGUUUGCGGUAUAUACUGGGAUGAUUAUUCUCUUCGUAAGUGGAUAAAAUGCCCUGACUUCCAUGCAAUGGAGGGUUUAAGCUUCUCUAUGGGUUCAGUGGUGAUUCCCAAGACCUUGCUGCGCAUUCAAUGCUUUGGUGCAGCGGUCCUGGGGCUGAUCGUGUUGGUUACGAUGAUCACAGCAGCUUCAUCUGCAGCAGUUGACUGUUCUUCGUUGGAUCCCACUGUGUUGGAUGAGUUUCGGGAAGAAGCAUCAAGCUGGACUGAAUCACCCUCAGCCUUAUUUGUUUCACACACUGAGGCCUCUGAGCACCCAGAUGACACUACAACUACAGCUCUCCCUUCACCUGGUCACCUACCACCUGAAUCUACACUAACACUUACUCAAUGGGGUAUUUCAGCUUCUCAAAACUCCAAAUCAUUGACUUCUAGAGAUCCCCUCCCCAUUGGUCCAGACCCUCUCUCCACUCCCACUUUAAGCUCCUCAGUGCCUGUGGUUGGCCUUCAGCAACAACCUAAAGGCCCUACCAGACUCUCAAGGGAGCUGAAGCUCUAUGGUCCUGACUCAACCAUGGCAAUUUUCUCUCCAACCCUUGUUACAGUACCACACCAGAAACCUCUCGGACCACAGUCCAACAAAUCCACAACACCCUUGAACCUCUCUACAGCCACCAGUUGGACUACAUUGGUACAGUUCAUUGUCCCAAACUCUAAUGAGAGAGCUCCAGAUGAACCUCCAUUAUUAUCCCCCAGCAACCAGCAAGACUCAUCAAAACAGACAACCCCUGCAUUUAUGACAUCACUUCCUGUUGGACCCCUCGGCCAGCCUAGACUGCCUGUUGACGAUCUGGUAGAUGUAGAAGCCCAGUCAGACCAAGCCAGGCCAGAGUCUAAACCUAAUCCAGACAUGUCCCAGAGUUUAGGCGAUCUCUUGCUGGAUCCCAAACUUGAUCCCUCAAGUAGGUUAAUCUAUCUGGAUCACCUUCGUCCCAGCAGUGAGCUCAUGCAGAAGGGCGAUGCUGCUCAGGAUAUCCACAUGCUCCCGAAACCAUCACCUGAGAUGCAGCUGGCUCCCAGCUACGUGCCUUUUCUGAACCCUCACACCACGUCCUCCUCGUCCGAGCCCACCAUGGUCCCUCCUGAGGACUUCUUCCCCACCAACACCAUGGUGGUGGAUUGGGGCUCCGGAGACUACCUGGAGACCGCGUCCUACAUGGGCUUGGAAAGGGACGACUUCUCCCUGGUCACCAAUCUGCCCACGGACAUGUACGACCUGGAGGACUCCAACGCGGAAAGCUACGACACCUCCUUCCCCUCCAGGGUCGGCGUGUCCUUCUCCUCGAUGCGUCACAUGACGUCUUCACCUAGUCUCACAACAGCGGCUUACAGCUCUAGCGUCGGAAGUGUGGCCCCCACGUCCGUUCCUCUCCCCAUCCAUCCCUCUCCCAGUCACCCCACGCUAGCCUCAACACAAAUACCAACACCUCAAGGGGAUUUACCAGGAGGUUCAGAUGUUGACUGGACAGAUACCUUUAUGGUUGAACCAACAGACCUCCUCUUACCAGACAUGAAUAGCCUGGAGUACUACACCAUCCAGCUGACCAAGGAUGACUCAGAAGAACACAGGGGCACUAACGUGACCACCACCUCCAGGCAUUUCUCCCUGAUGUCCAUCAGCACCACGCACAUCGUGGCCACCAGCACCUUCACUGUGGACCUCAGCCACAUGCUCACAGCCUUCUAUGGAGUGGAUGGAGUGGAGGUCCAGCCUUCUGACAACACUUCCUGGAUCGAAGAGUCCUCCGCUGAUAUCUCCAGCUCAGAGCCUCUGAAUACGACCACAGCAAACACUAUGGAGAUGACUCCGCUGAAUGUCUCAGUGCCAUUCUUGGAGGCUUCAGUAGUGCCAACUCCCUCCAUGGACCUCUCGUCCUCUCUGUGGGGUGUCACUGGUCAGGUAUCCGGUGAAUGGACGAGCCCCAUGGCCACCUCCAGUGUCGGACUGGACAACAGCUCUGUCUUAGUGUCACUGCAGCCUAGUGCUACUGCCUCGGAGACAGACAUCCUGUGGUACGUCUCUCCCUCCGCCACAGAGACGGCCCUCCUCAGCACCUCUUUCGUAACUCCUGUGGUGACCAACUCUAUAGCCUUCUCCCCAUUUCCCGGCCAGACAGAAUUACCCCCCAAUGUCACCUCAGGCCCGACAGAACCAGCCACCAAUGCCACCACCAUCCCCCCGGUGUCAGUCAUGGCUGACCAAGGCGUUGUUACUGAUAGUCCUGUCACAGCAGUGACCAACGACAGCCAGACUACAGUUAGCGGUGUAGACAUUUCCACAACUGAUCCUGCCACCACCACCACCACUACUACUACCAGCAUCACUACUGAGGCCUCUACAACCACCGCUCUGGCCACCACCACUACCCUCCUAACUACUACUAAGAGCCCACCUACAACCAUAGGCCGCCAGUACCUCUGUAACGUCACCAAGCCUGUGUACUUUGUUGAAGUCGGUUUUCCGGCUGGGGCCACUGUUGGAUAUGCCAAAUCCCAAGUCCGAGAUGUCCUGAAGACUGAAUUCAAUAAGUCAGUUGAACUGCAGGUUGUUAAGAAUCCUCCAGACUUUGUGUUCCGGGCAGUGUCGGGUCCUGUGGUGUACACGGCCAUAUCAGUCAUCAACGCCCUGCGCCAGUCAAGUCGACGCUUCUUGUCCAUCUCACACUACUGGAAGGUACCAGACCACCAGUACCAGGUCCAUUCAGUGCUGCAGUUUGUGCCCAGGCACAUUGACGUGCGCGUCUGCAACUUCAGCGAGCGCAUUGAGAAAGGCCUGACCAUGGCGUAUGCCGAAGUGCGCCGGCGCUCGCAGGAGUCCACAAACUUCACUGUGGAUAUUGUGAACAUUACCAUGAACCAGCCAAGUAGUCAGCAGAGGGAGCCGGUGGACGUGACCUUUGCGGUGCGUGGGGCCAUAGGCUACCUGAAGGGGUCAGAGGUCAGCAACCACCUGAGGCUGCUCAACAUGGUGGAAUUCAGCUACUACCUGGGCUUCCCCAUGCUGCAGAUCGCCGAGCCUUUCCACUACCCGGAGUUGAACACCACCCACUUGCUUCGCUCGUCUUGGGUUAGAACAGUGUUGCUGGGUGUUCUGGAUCAGGGGGUGGAUGAGCGGACCUUCCAGGCCAAGAUGGAACGUCGUGUGGCCCUGCUGCUAGGAGAAGUGCUGGGGGCGGCCAGGCGCACCAAGAGGGCCACCAGCGUGGCUAACCACAGUGUUCAGAUUGUGAGUACGACCAGGCUGGUGGGAGCGGAACACCCGCUGGAGAUGGUGUACUUUGUGGAGGGUCCCAGCGGGGAGCGGCAGCCUGCAAUCACUACAGCCAACCUGCUGAACCGUCUUGACGUGCAGAGGGCAGCCAUCAUACUGGGAUACAGAGUGGAGGGCAUCCUGGCUACACCUGUGGAGAAGGUGGCGGGCUACCCUCCCACGGACACGGAGAACACCAGCGUGUGGAUCAUUGUCGGCGUGGUGGUGCCGCUAGGUGUGGCCGUCAUCAUCAUCUCCAUCCUGUACUGGAAGCUGUGUCGCACCGACAAGCUGGAGUUCCAGCCCGACGCCAUGACCACUGUCCAGCAGAGACAGAAGCUCCAGGCUCCCAGUGUGAAGGGCUUUGACUUUGCCAAGCUGCACCUGGGCCAGCACAGUAAGGAUGACAUCAUGGUAAUCCAGGAGGCCGGCGCCCCCGGCCCUCCCCUGCCCAACCUCAGCUCCAAGGAAGCCGCAUCAGAGUACGGCGAGGUCCCCACCCCUAAGUCAAAGGGGACCUCCGUCUCCUCCACCAAGGCCUCCCGCAGCGCACGCAGACGAGGAAGGAUCUCUCCAUCGGACGGGGACUCCAUGGUGAGUGCUGGGUCCAGUGAUCGUGAGAGGGAGUCAGCCGAGGAGAACCUGAGAGCUAUCGCCACGCCAAACGACAGCAAGCAGGCCCGCAAGAUCCCCAUCAAUGUUUUAAAUGGUCCUCCACCAAUGAACGGCCAUGAUGAGCAGCUGUCGUCGGCCUCCAUCUUCGAGCAUGUGGACCGCAUGUCCCGCUCGGCCGACGACAGCCGCCGCUUGUCCAAUAAGAUCCAGCUGAUCGCCAUGCAGCCCAUGGCCUUCCCAGCCCGGCGCCACGGUGCCACUGUCAACGGUAUCAAUGGUAGUGGGCAAGAAACACACAGCAUCUUCAACAAGGAGACCCAGGUGGCGUUGAGGCACAAGUCUGAGAUCGAGCACCACCGGAACAAGAUCCGCCUGCGGGCCAAGAGGAAGGGUCACUAUGACUUCCCUGCCAUGGACGACCUGGUGGACAACGGUCUGACCACUGACCCCAAGGACCAGGACCACAUCUACCACAAGGCCCAGAUGCAGAUCGACAAGAUCCUGGACCCCGACAUCCACAUGGCCUCGCUGUUCAUGGAGCCUAAAAAGAGUGGCAGGGGGAGGCGUUCUCCCAAGCAGAAGAAGAAGCACCAGCUGAACGGCAGCCUGACGGACGCAGACAAGGACCGCCUCAUCUCCAACGACAGCGACGGCACCUACAGGAAAUACCCUGGGGUCAACAACGUGGCCUAUGUGUCGGACCCUGACCAGGCCCCAGAGUCCGGGACCCCCUCCCCCAACGACGACGUCUUCCUGGGCCCCAACUCGCCCCCUCCGGGGCAUGCCCCUCCUCCGCCCCCCUACAUGCCCCCCCAGCCCUCCAUCGAGGAGGCCCGGCAGCAGAUGCACUCUCUGCUGGACGAUGCCUUUGCCCUGGUCUCCCCCAACUCCCAGGGCAGCACGGCCGGCCUCACCCAAACUGGUGUCAACUCCAACCUCCCCAGCUCCAGCCCCCCACCCCGCGGUGGAACCCGCCCCUGGGGCUCGUCUUACCCAGCACUCAGCCCCUUCUCCUCGAGAUACGCUGAGUUAGGAAUGUCCCCUCCUUCAGUCCAAGGCUUACUACAGCGACAGGGCCAGGGCUCCAGCUACCUGCCACCAGGUGACCCAGGACAUGUUGACCAGCUCCCCCCAGACAGCCACUAUUCCACCAGGGGCCUGUACACUGAAGACCUCCCCUUCUCAGCCAGGCCACGACCAGUAGGGGGCACCACAGGUGCCCAGCUCCAUCACCUGACCCAGAUGGGUCUUGGGAGCCGGAUCAACGGGGGGUACCCGGCGGGGAGCAGGGCCCCUCCAGGUCAGACUGGAGGUUCGGGGUGGGGACCGUAUGCUGACGAUGACUUCAGACCCACCAGAGACCCUGUUCUUCUGGGCUACCCUGAUUACUCCUCCUCCUCUAUGUUCCAGAUGCCAAGUAGAAGUGCACUAAGGGAGCCCUCAUCCCCCCUGGCCCACCUGGACACACACACAACCGGAUUCGGCUACCCUCCAGAGGAGUCCUCCUCUCCCCCCAAUCACUCCUCUGCUUCCCUCAUCAAGGCCAUCAGGGAGGAGCUGUUGCGCCUCUCCCAGAAACAGCAAGCCGUGCCCAGCUACCACAGCUGAUCACAGAUGGCCUCCUCUGGUCCUCACUGAACCUUAACCUCUAAUACUACAUCCACCAGUCAUACCACUGCCCCUGCCUGCCUGCUCCAACCUAGCAAUGCUUCCCAUGGAAGUUCCGUUGUACAGGAGGAGAAAGACAAGACCGUACUGUCUUGGGGCGGCAGGUAGCCUAGCGGCUAGAGCAUUGGGCCAGUAACCGAAAGGUUGCUGGUUCGAAUACCCGAGCCAACAAGGUGAAAAAUCUGCUGAUGUGCCCUUGAGCAAGGCACUUAACCCUCAUUUGCUCCAGGGGCGCCAUACUAAAAUGGCUGACCCUGUAAAACAACACAGUUUAUUGCACCUAUCUGCUGGGCUGGGUAGAAUGAGGAGGUUGUUUCAUAUGCCAGCUGGUAGCGUAAGCAUGGCUAGAAUCAUUAUAUGAAUGAACUGUUCUCUAGGCUCUGGAUCUUAGCCUCUGGCUUUCUUAACCCAGACUGUCCUAUGGCAUACAGUACACUGGACCAAGUGACCCUAGUGGUUAGAGGGAGAAGGUGAAUGGUCCCUUGCUCUCCAGCGUUGGCCAAGGUAUCUCUGCCAAAACCUGGCCAUGACCGCUGAUCCUAGCCCAGUUUUUUAUUUGAGGUGUUGUUGCUUUCUUUUCUUUUGAAACAGCAUUCUAGACUCUCUGUGUGACGAUAAUAAGCAAUGUGGUUUGAUUCUCUCAUCCUGCCUUGACAUCCUAACAACAUUUUACCCUACAGUGGAAUUUCUCUACCAGUUGGACAUCUGUCAUUUAGGCUCAAACAUUGAUACCUAUGUUACCUUUAACAAUGAGGCAUCUUACCAUUACCAUGAGGUAUAUUUUAGUUUUUUGAAGAGCUUCUUACUUCACCUCCAUCUUCCUUUGGUGCUUCUUUCUACGCUUUGUGUUUUCCGUCAUGAUAUUGAUAUGCGCAAUUCUGUCAAAACACGCCCCCCCCGGUGCAGGAUUACAUUGUUUUCCGCCACGAGCCACACAAUGCCUUGUGUUAUGACAGCGUGAGGGAGUUCAACGGUCUCCAUCUACUGUACAGCUCAAAUCAGAGUUCAGAGCAGACAACACUGGAUACAGACUCACAGAGACCCGCAAUAAACAGACUGCAGCAACUCCCAUGCAGAACUUUACCGAUGCAGUCGUGGAACCAGUGAUAUUUAAUGACAGAGCACUGCUAGGUUUAGUCUGUAACUCGCCCCACUCUACGUGAGCCUUGUUUAGAUUUUGUGUUGCUUCAGCACAAUGUCCACGUUUGUCCUAAUAUAUCCAGGUUACUGAUGAUGCUACCGUAUUAAUAUUAAGACUCUUUAAAUACCCAUGUAUGGUAAACUACGCUCAACAAAAAUAUAAACGCAACAUGCAACAAUUUCAAAGAUUUUACUGAGUUACAGUUCAUAUAAGGAAAUCAGUCAAUUGAAAUAAAUUCAUUAGGCCCUAAUCUAUGGAUUUCACAUGACUGGGAAUACAGAUAUGCAUCUG